GCCACACCUCCAACCUCUGAUGGCCAAUUAAAACACCGCACGUGACGCUCGACGCCAAUGAAACCUUACAGAUGCCGGGUAGGCAUAUACCAAACUGGGACCAAUCGAGGGUUUAUAAGCGAUGCCAUCUCUUCUCUUAGCCUUACUCUGCAACUGCAAUUGCAACUACACUGAGCGGUGUAGGAAGACAACUCGCAAACAUCAUGGCUUUCAUUCGAGCCUUGUGCUUCGUCCUGUUGGUGGGUUUGGCCGCGGCGUGUCAACCAUGCUGCCCCAAGUGUCCACCGAUGUGGACUUUCUACAAUGGCAACUGCUACCGCUACUUUGGCAUUGGCAAGAACUACGAUGAAGCCGAGAAGCACUGCCAGGAGUUCGCUCAAGUCGGUCAGGGUCACCUGGCGUCCAUAACCAGCGCUGAGGAGAAUGAUCUGCUCCUCACGAUGUUUAAGUCGUCCGGUGGAAAUGACAGGCUGUGGAUCGGCUUCAACGACUUGGCAGAGGAAGGGAACUACAUAUGGGCAGAUGGAUCAGCGGUCAGCUACACCAAAUGGCGCAGGUCCGAGCCCAACAACGGCGGUAAUAAUGAGCACUGCGCUCACAUGUACCCCAAUAAUGGAGAAUGGAAUGACACCGAAUGCGACAGAGCUGUUCCAUACAUGUGCAAAAUGACAACUACAAAGUAAAUCGUCCCCACAAUGGACAACCACGGAGAUACGUAAGCACAUUUGCCACUUCAAACCUGAAACCCUCACAAUCGAUACCAAAUUAGUCGAUGUCGUCGGCCAUGAUCACCAAACUGCCUUACCAAACGGACACCCACAAACAGUAUCAUUUCAGAACUAAACGACUGAAUUUUAUUGCGUAGACUGUUGGCCGGCUACAAGGUGAAAAAAAAUCGUUUCCAUAACCCACUUCGCAUCUUCGUGGCUUCAACGUUGACGAACCUGCUGCAUGCUUUAAAUUUGAACAUUUAGUUUUUAGCUUUUGUCCGUUUCAUCAGGUGUCCAGUUUAAGAAUGAUGGGAAUCCGGAAGAUUAUCAGAAUCAUCGGUGAACUAAUUUGCUGAUUUCACAAACAGUAUCACUCUAAAACUAAACGGUUUAGUUUUCAUUAUGUAGACUGCUCGCCGGCUACACGGUGAGAAGAAAAUCGUUUUGACUUCGCAUCAUCAUGGCCUAAACGUUUAAGAACCUGCAUGCUUUCAAAUUAUCUGGUAAUUUGGUUUCAACCAAGUUUCCAGUUUAACAGUGAGACAAAUAUCAGUAAAUACCACAACCAUUGGUGAACUAACCUGCUGGUUUAGGCCUACGCUUAAGCCGCACUCGUAUCUCAAAAAAUACAAAACCAACGAACUGUGUAUUUAAACUUGGGAAUGUUUCUCAGAGCUGCAAUGUGCACAAAUAGUUUUCAAUUUAAAAUCCGAUUCCUCAUAUUACAGGCUUCAACAUCAUUUGCUUCAAUUUAUUGAACACCUUUUUUUUUUUUAAUUCAUUUACUCUUCAAUUCUCCUACUGCAAUUAAUUUUUCCGUUAUCAAUUUCUUAUCAUUAUCAAUUUCUUGUUAAUUUCUUGUUCAAUUUUGCUCUUUACUUUUUUUUUGGACGUUUAAAGUUCAAUUUCUUGUUUUUUUUAUGUAUUGGUAGAGGAUAUUUGUUGGUCAAUUCCGCCGUUCAGGUCGGAUAAAACAAUCAAUACACAAAAGAUUACGUUAGUGAACAGGAAACAACCCCGGAUUGAUUUUACGUUAUGCAGAAAGCACCAGAUAAAGUCAGAUCAUUCUAGAAUAAUUUGCAACGAAAAACAUCCGAACCGAUGCCGCUUUUUAUUACCUCUGAGAUGAUGACGGAAAUGUUUCAAUGAUUUCUUUAAGAUUUGAAAUUCUAAACUUUACAUUUUCCUGUCAUCAUUAUCCAACGAUUGAAGGUCUCAAAAUAGUUCCAACGUGUUUUAACUUUUUUUUCUCUAUCUUGUUCCUUUUCAUAAAGUCGUCUAUUGAUUUAUUGCUUACUUUUGUUGUUGUUGUCUUGCUUAGUCGAUCUUAUUUUACUCCUUACUAAUCGUAGAUUAAAAAUGUUGCAUGAUA